AUGUGCAUCUUUGAUUGUCGUAGGAGAUCUAAUCGUCAUAUUUUGAUGGACUGUCUCAGAUAUGAAGCAUUUAAUUGUAAAAUGUGCAAAAACCUAAAAACAUUGGAUAAACUUCAAUUUUGUGGAAAGUUUUUUAUUCUAUAAGUAGGCUUUUCAGAUUUUCCAUUAAAUCUAUAGACCUUUUUGAUUAAAUUAUAAAAUCAAUCCAACUAUAUUCAAUGUAAAAAAUGUAAGCAAUUAUUUUUUUUGGAUCAAAAGGAUAAUCACCUCCUUGUUUCUAAAUUCACUUGCAUUCAUAAAGAAAAAUAUGAAAUUAAAAAAUGCUUAUGUUGUAAAAAAAUAAGCGAGUAGAAAUCAUAUUAAAAAUGUAAAAAAUGUUAACUACCUCUCUUCUAUUUUGAUGUAUAAAGAUAAGUAGAAUGCCCACGCUGUAAAAUGAAAUGUUGUGAAACUUGUAAACAAGAAACACAAUUGUUUUAGCAAAAAAAGCCCUGCAAUUGUAAAAUUAUUAGAUACUAGAAGAGGGUUAAUCUAUUUUAAUUCUUAAGCGUUGCUCUAUUUGUCCUUAUAAUUACAUCAUUAAUAGGUUCUCAUUAUCUGGAAGAUUCCGAAUUUUAUUAAUCUAUCGUAUGCACAAUUAAGGAUGGAUAUUCAAAUGUUAAUUGCACAUUAGAAUAACUAUAUUAUGAUACAUUUAAAUAAUUGAUAUUGUUUCUUGGAAUAACCUUAGUAAUGGGUUUUGGGGUUGGUUUAAUUGAUAUAAUUAGAUUGUUAAAUAUAACAUAACGUAAACUCUCAAAUGCUUAAACGAGAAGAUUUUGA